AUAUCAAUUCUCAUCUUUCCUGCAAUCUCUCUUCAAAUAUUUCCAAGCCAUGUAACUAAAGAAUCCUUUUUUGGUUUCCUUUUCUGAAACUAUUUCUACAAUCAGAUAUCAAAGAAUGGGAAGAAUUCAUAUUUUUCAUCCACUGCUCAUCUCCCUAAUACUCUGCAGUGUUUCUGCAGAAAAUUCAUCAUCAUCUGAUGCAUAUUGGCUCCUGAGAAUAAAAUCACAGCUUGUUGAUCCGUUUCGGGUUCUCGAAAACUGGAAUCCACAAACAGAUUUCUGCACCUGGAGUGGAGUAUCAUGUGAUGAGUUUCACAUUCUUGGCCUGAAUCUUUCUGCAGCAGGGAUAAGUGGUGAAAUAUCUGCAGAUUUCAAGCACUUUGCUGCUCUCCAAGUUCUUGAUCUUUCCAUGAAUUCUCUCUCGGGUUCGAUCCCGGGGGAAAUCGGGGAGAUUGGAAGCCUGAGGGAGUUGCUGCUUUUCUCAAAUUAUCUCACUGGGGAGAUUCCUUCAGGGUUGAGUUUGUUGAAGAAAAUGGAAGUUCUUAGGAUUGGAGAUAAUAUGUUGGGUGGCCAAAUUUUGUCAGGCAUUGGGGAGUUAACAGAGUUGAGGGUUUUAGGGCUUUCUUAUUGCCAGUUUAAUGGGAGCAUACCAUCUGGGAUUGGGGAUUUAAAGAAACUGGAAAUUCUUGAUCUUCAGGAGAAUAGUCUAAGUGGGGUUAUCCCAGAAACCAUUAGUGCCUGCACUGAGCUUCAGGUGUUUGUAGCAGCAAACAACGGUCUGACCGGGGAGAUCCCGCCAUCGAUUGGGAGGCUCGGAUCGCUUCAAAUCUUGAACCUGGCUAACAACACUCUCUCGGGAUCAAUCCCGGUUGAGCUGAGGCGAAUCCCGGGUUUGAAGUACUUAAACCUGUUGGGAAACCGGUUAGGUGGAGAAAUCCCUUCCGGGUUAAACUAUUUGGCUAACCUUCAAACACUAGACUUGUCAAAUAAUAACCUCUCAGGGCCUAUUACCCUUCUCACCACAAACCUCAAUAGCCUUGAGGCCCUUUCUCUUUCUGGCAAUUCCAUGACAGGAAAUGUUCCUAAGGACUUUUGUUUCCCGAACUCGACCCUGCACUGGCUCUUCCUGGCCGAUAAUUAUCUCUCGGGGAGCUUCCCCGAUGAGCUGCUUAAAUGCUCGUCUCUCCAGCAGCUCGAUCUCUCGGGGAACGCCUUUGGAGGGGGUCUACCGCCCGAGCUUGGGAACCUCGGGAGCCUAACGGAUCUCUUGCUCAACAGCAACAGGUUUACAGGAACUAUACCUCCUGAAAUUGGAAACCUGAGUAACUUGGUAACUUUCCAUCUCUUCGAGAACACGAUCACCGGAGGGAUCCCUAGCGAGUUCGGGAAGCUCCAGAGCCUCGAAACCUUGUACCUCUACGACAACCAAAUCUCGGGGAGUAUUCCGUGGGAGCUGACGAACUGCUCGAGCUUACAAGAGAUCGAUUUCUUCGGGAACCACCUCUCGGGCUCCAUUCCCGCAACGAUUGGGAGGCUAAAGAAUCUCCAGCUUCUCCAGUUAAGACAGAAUGACCUAUCAGGCCAAAUCCCACCAAGCUUAGGGUACUGCAAGAAGCUUCAAAGACUAAGCUUAGCUGACAACAAGCUCUCAGGACCCCUUCCUGCAACACUAAGAUUCUUAUCAGAUCUUUUCCUCUUUAGCCUCUACAACAAUUCGCUCGAAGGCCCACUCCCCGGCUCGUUUCAAAGCCUCAGAAACCUCAGCAUCGUAAACUUUUCGAACAACAGGCUAACUGGAAACAUCUCCCCACUUUCCACUUCAGAUUUUCUAACCCUUUUAGACCUGACAAACAAUAGUUUCUCGGGCACUGUUCCAUCGAGCCUAUCCAAGGCGAAAAGCCUUAAACGCCUCCGCCUUGCAUACAACCAUCUCUCGGGCAACAUCCCAUCCGAGAUUGGCCUAUUAAAGAACCUCAACUUUCUUGAUUUGUCCUUCAACGAGCUGACCGGGGAGGUGGGGUCCGAGCUCUCGGGCCUAAAAGAGCUUCGCCACCUCCUCCUCAACAACAACCAAUUCGCGGGGGGAAUACCCGAAUGGUUAGGGAAUCUACAAGAGCUCGGGGAGCUAUACCUGUCAUCCAAUAACUUCAAUGGAACAGUCCCUUCAGAGCUCGGGAAAUGCUCGACAUUGCUCAAGCUUUCCCUCCAUAGCAACCGAUUAUCCGGUCCAAUCCCACCCGAACUCGGGAACCUCACUUCUCUAUAUGUCCUGGAUCUCCACGCCAACCAUCUCUCCGGCCCUAUCCCGUCAUCCCUUCAACAAUGCACCAAAUUAUACGAGCUGAGACUAUCCCAGAACAACCUGAAUGGCUCGAUCCCCCUCGGGCUCGGGUCACUCACAGAGCUACAAGUGAUACUGGACUUGAGCAACAACAAUCUCUCGGGCGAAAUCCCACCAUCAUUGGGGACCCUUUUGAAGCUAGAGAGGCUAAACCUCUCUUCCAAUCAACUCCAUGGGGAAAUCCCACAAUCCCUUGAGAAACUCUCCAGUCUCCACAACCUAAACCUCUCAUAUAACCACCUCCAAGGACAGCUCCCCGAAACUUUCGCGAGAUUCCCAUUAGCCUCAUUCUUGGGGGGGAAUCUUAGGCUGUGUGGCCCACCACUGGAAUCUUGCUCAGAAUCAAGGGGACAGCAUAAGAAAUGGGAGCCAUCUGAUGUAGCUGUUGCUGGGAUCAUAGUGGCCAUUGUGUUCACGGCCACUAUCAUAUGUAUGGGUCUGAUAUAUAUGAUGCUGAGGAUGUGGUGCAAUUGGAGAAAGGUAUCGGUUUCAUGCUCGGAGGGGGGUGGUGGUGGGGCCCAUCACGAGCACUACAAUAGAGGAGAAGAGGAGAAGUACUGGGUUUAUGGGGAAGAGAUGAAGAGUACUACUGGGGAGUAUUGGAAUGUGAAUUCCAUGGCGGCAUUGAAGGAUGUUUCUACAGGAUCAUGCAUUUUUCAGCUUAAGCUCAGCCCAGAAAGCACUGAAAAUCCACUCAUUUGAAUAGUGUUU